UCCAUGAUAGAAGCAAUGCCGGUCCUCUCAGCAGGUGCAGGGCUGCACGAGACGCUGGCCCUGCUCACCUCUCAACUGCGUCCUGAUGCUAAUCACAAAGAGGACAUGGUCUUCCUCAGAGAUGUUUUCAGUGAGAGGAGCCUGACUUACCUCAUGAAGAUCCAUGAGAAAUUGCGUCAGUAUGAAAGGCAGAGCCCCACGCCGGUGCUCCACAGCGCCUCCUCUCUCGCCGAAGACGUAAGAACACAUCACACACUUCAGGUUGCUGAAGAGCUGCAGAGCGGCCCCAUGAGUGUUGAUGAGAAAGAGCUGCUCCAGUUGCUGAUGUCGCCUCACUUACGGGCACUAUUGUCCGUUCAUGACACAGUGGCGCAGAAGAAUUUUGACCCUGUGCUCCCGCCGCUUCCUGAUGACUUCGACGACGAGUUGGAGGAAGAAUCGGUCAAGAUUGUACGCCUGGUCAAGAACAAAGAGCCGCUGGGGGCCACCAUUCGGCGUGAUGAGUCUACAGGAGCCGUCAUUGUCGCGCGCAUUAUGAAAGGUGGAGCUGCUGACAGGAGCGGUCUGGUGCAUGUUGGUGAUGAACUUCGAGAAGUGAACGGCAUCUCCGUAAUGCACAAGAGGCCAGACGAGAUCAGCCAACUAUUGUCUCAAUCUCAAGGCUCCAUCACAUUAAAGAUCAUUCCUGCCGUUAAAGAAGAGGACAGACUGAAAGAGAGCAAGGUCUUCAUGCGAGCGCUGUUCGACUACGUCCCUUUAGAGGACAAGGCCACGCCCUGUCAAGAGGCGGGGUUACCGUUUAAGCGCGGGGACAUCCUGCAGGUUGUGAGUCAGGAUGAUGCCACCUGGUGGCAGGCAAAGAGAGUAGCGGACAGCAACCUGCGCGCCGGACUCAUCCCCUCGAAGCAGUUCCAGGAGAGGCGGUUGGCCUACAGACACAAAAUGGGCACGUUACCGAAUUCCAAAUCACCCAAACAAACUGCAUAUGACCAGGGAUGUGACAAAGAGGACUGUGACUGUGAGGGCUAUUUCAAUGGACACUACAUAGCUGGUUUGCGAAGGAGUUUCCGUCUGAGCCGAAAAGAUCGACAGAGCUCGUCAGGGGAGGCCAACGCAUCCGACCCCGCCGAGCCUGAGCUGCUCACUUAUGAAGAAGUGACACGAUACCAACAACGGCCCAAUGAGAGACCUCGGCUAGUGGUGCUCAUCGGGUCUCUCGGAGCACGAAUUAAUGAGCUGAAGCAGAAAGUAAUAGCAGAAAACCCCCAUCGCUAUGCUGUGGCUGUACCCCACACGACACGGCCCAGGAAGAGCCACGAGAAGGAGGGGGUCGAGUACCACUUUGUCUCCAAGCAAGCCUUCGAAGCUGACGCUCAAAACAACAAGUUUAUCGAGUAUGGAGAGUAUAAGGACAACCUGUACGGCACAAGUAUAGAGGCCAUCCGUUCUGUCCAAGCCAAGAACAAGAUGUGUCUGGUGGACGUGCAGCCUGAGGCGUUACACACCCUGAGGACUGCUGAGUUUAAGCCUUAUGUCAUCUUUGUGAAACCGCGGAUCCCUGAGGGUCGGAGACGUCGCAGUGCAUCUUCGCCUGCAGCAGGAGAGCACGGGAGACUCACAGAGGAGGAUCUUCAGGAGAUGCGUCAGUCGGCACAGCAGAUUGAGCAGGAGUACGGCCACCUGGUGGACCGGGUCCUGAUUAAAGAGGACACUGCGAGCGUCUGCGCGGAGCUGCGUGUCAUCCUUGAGCGCCUGGAAAGGGAGACCUUCUGGGUUCCAGUCAGCUGGGUCAGGAACUAA